UUGUUAAGCUGAAGGUGUACUGCUCCCGCGAAUCCUUAACAGCCUGCCCGCCUCGUUCCAACAACAUUCAGCGCCGCACCGUUUUGCACUGUUACGGCCCCCCCCCCCCCCCCCAAGGAGGACCCGUGAGCGGUCCACACUCAGAGAUACCUCCUCUCUCUCUCUCCUCCCUUCCUCACCGUCACGCCGAAGCCUGGCAAGCCUCACAAGGGGAGAGAAGAAUAAUGUCGACUCCAACAACUGCGACAGCAACUCUGCCUCCUUGCAAUCAACUGCACUAUCCCUUCUCCCGACCUCACCACCAGCCCUACCAAGACCCAAACACCGCCACCUACCGAGUCGGCAACCCAAGCCUUCCCUCGUCAUCUCAACUGGCAUAUCCCUCGUCGGGCUACUUUGCCUCCUCGAACGGCAGCCCUAGGUCAAAUGUGAUCUCCAUUUCCUCGUCGUCGACAGCCAGGCCUGUACCCCAGGAACAACCACCAAUUGUCACAGCACGAACGGAAGCCGAGCAUACCAACAACAUGCCGGCCGUCGCCCAAGCCCACGCCGCGCUAGAGUCCCAGCCGGCUCGGAAGAGAAGACGGUCAAGGGAGCCUGACUGGAACACCUUCUACAAAAAUGGACUUCCGGCCGAGGUCAUCAUCAUUGACGACUCUCCCGAGCCCUCCCAGAAGCCUGCCGCCGGCACCGUUUCUUCCACAACGACGCUUCCCGGUAAUAACGGCGGGCCCAUAAGUAGCGUUUCCAACACAACUUCAGCUCGCCACGUUGCGAAGAAGAGGAAGAGGGACGACGAGCCAGCCCACUACGACCCGGUAUACCACAGUAACCUCGUCAGCUCGCAUGCCACCACCCCCCAUCAGAUUAGCACCCCGAGCAAGUCCACAAUAUCCACCGACAGGACCAACUCGGCCAUCCAUACCACCGCGGCCACCUCCCUAGAUUCCCUCUCUUCCACCGGUGGGCAGUACAACUAUGACACGCAGGCCGGUCAGAAGAGGAAACGAACUACCCGACAGCAGGUCGCCACCGAAGCCAGGCGCCGCGAGGCCGGCGCACUGGCAGAUGCGUAUACCAGCUACCAGCCACCUCCAUACCCGCCGAAGAAAGCCGCGGAUGUCCAUGUCAAGGUCAUUUCCGACAACUCAUACAACAAGAGUACCAAGGUCGACGAUGAUGAUGGCCACUACAUAGUCGUGCCCGAUGCGGAUCUUACCGACAGAUACCAAAUGAUCAAGCUCCUCGGCCAGGGCACAUUCGGCAAGGUUGUUCAGGCCAGGGAUCGGAGACGCGGCGAAUGCGUCGCGAUCAAGAUCAUCCGGUCCGUCCAGAAGUAUCGGGAUGCCAGCAAGAUCGAGCUCCGGGUCCUUGCCACGCUCAAGGCCAACGAUGAGCAAAAUCGGAAUCGUUGCAUACAUCUUCGAGACUGCUUCGACUUCCGGGGCCACAUAUGUAUCGUCAUGGACCUCCUUGGGCAAAGUGUGUUCGAUUUCCUCAAGAGCAACAGCUUUGUGCCCUUCCCGAAUAGCCAGAUCCAGAGCUUUGCGCGGCAGCUCUUCACGAGCGUGGCCUUCCUCCAUGAUCUCAACUUGAUCCAUACCGACCUGAAGCCCGAGAACAUUCUUCUGUGCCAUAACGAGUACCAGACCUUUACGUAUAAUCGCAAGAUCCCGUCGUCUUCGGCUACGGUCAGUCGGCAAGCUACUCAGCGGCGAGUGCUUCUUGACACGGAGAUCCGGCUUAUCGACUUCGGAUCUGCCACCUUCCAGGAUGAAUACCACUCGUCUGUCGUGUCUACGAGGCAUUACCGGGCGCCAGAGAUCAUCCUGGGCCUUGGUUGGUCCUACCCCUGCGAUAUAUGGAGCAUCGGGUGUAUCUUGGUCGAGUUCUUCACCGGGGAUGCCCUGUUCCAGACUCACGAUAAUCUCGAGCAUCUGGCCAUGAUGGAAGCGGUCGUCAAUGCCAGGGUCGACACGCACCUAGUAUCGUCGGUCAACCGUAUGACUAGGAACGGAGGGAAUCCGGCAUCGAAGUACUUCAAGCGCUUGAAGCUCGACUACCCUACUGCCGACACAAAUAGGGCGUCUCGUAGAUUUGUAAAGGCCAUGAAGAGACUCGAUGAAAUCAUACCGGCGAACAACAAGUUCCUCCAGCUGUUCCUGGACCUUCUUACCAAGAUCUUCGUCUACGACCCAGCUCGCCGGAUAACUGCGAAAGAGGCGCUACAGCACCCCUUCUUCCGGGAAAUACCUCAUCCGGACGACGGUAGCGAAGCUGCGAGGAUUCGCAUGGAGAAGAUGAGGGUGCAGCAAGGUCACCGAUUACCCCCAAUGAACGGAUGAACGGAUAUGAUGACGGUAACAACCCCUGAAAUGAUUUGGGCAUUCUGAGCAUGGCCUUCCUGUCCACGUCGAUUGUGUGGAGAGGGAGAUGAGAUGAAGAGACAUGAUGGCGUCAUCUUCUCAUAGUUGUCGGUUUUGUUUGAGUAUCAAAUGCAUUGCCUUGGACAAGGCUGGCCCAGGAAGGGAAGGACAAGGGAGUCGGGGAUUAUUUCGCAUCACAUCGUCUAUCACCAUCCUAGGUAGGGGGUUCGCGAGACAAUGGCAUUAUGAACACCAGCUGCGGUUUUCUUUGGAGGGACCUAAACCUGUUUGCCGGGACACUUGACACGAACAUGGCUGGAGACCAUACCUGGUAUAUAGCGGUACACUCAUACCCUGACCCCAAAUGAAUGGAGCGAUACACGACUGGAAACUGGCGGGCAGCCCUCCGUUCUGGUCAACUUGACUUCGGUUGCGAAGAUG